AUGGUACUGCUUAGUUCUUCUACUGUUGGAGUUGCAUUGUCAUCGUCAAUAGUCGGCUUUUUUACCCUCAUUCUCUUCUUGUCCGGCUAUGUGUUACAGCAACAAUCGGUCAGGCACAUCCAGGUCGCAUUGCAGAAGUCUCCGUCCGCAAACUCCCGCAUUGAGCCAACAUACCCUUCGGAACCAUUAUGGGAACAAGGCAGGACCCCUUCCCAACGAGUGGCGGCAGUGAACACAGAAAAGAAGAGAAAUAUAUUUGGAAGGCGGACGAACGCUGGGGUGGAGAUUGAACAGGCCCAGCUAGAUGAACCGGUUGAGGAAGAAGUUGACAACGAACGAGCUACAGAGAGGGCAACACAUGCGGUUCUUCACAUUUUAACGAAACCCAUCGCAUCCGAUAUAUGUUCCACGAUUCUCCUUUUUGAAACCCUUGCGUCGAAUAGUACUCGCACCACCGAACGAAUUCUCCUUUAUCCUCAAUCAUGGGACGCUAGCUCUCCAACGAAAAGUGUCUCCUCCGCCCUCACCAUUCUCAAGCAAGCAAGUACUAGGCUCAAUGCUGUUGUCCAAGGAAUCGAUACAUCAGAUAUCCGCCCCAGGGCACUAUCUGAAACGCAGAUGAUAAAAAAGGCGUCGACGCAGCUCAUGGAAUAUGAGAGGGUUAUGUUCUUACGUUCUCCGGGGCAUCUUAUCGAUAUCAACAAACUGGAACAGAUGCUUACAUCUGAAAUUGGCGAGACAAUGCAAGUGGGCUCUUCACGAAGGAUCCCGUCUGCCUGGGUUCCAGCAAAGCUUUCUAUUACACGGCGUCAGCUACCACCUGCGUUGCUGGUGGCAAGCGAUCAGUCUGCCUCUUGGUCCUCUACUGCCGGCAAGGCACCACUACCCAAGCCGCAUGUUCUAAAUUCCAAGACAAUGCAACAGAUGAAUUUUGUCAUGGAGUCAUCUGAGUCACCCGGAAGACACCCAGGACCAGCAUAUGUUUACUUUGAAAGUGAUACAGCGAACCGAGGUCGGAAUGUGGAUAUGCAUUACACUGAAUGGAAGAAGCAAAUCCAAUCAGUCUGUAAGGGUGUGAACCUUGGCCUUUAG